AUGAGACUCACCUCUAACGAUCGGAUGAGAGAUGAUGAACAAGAAACUAUGGAGAGGAGUGUACGUCUGUAUAAUGGCGAGUCUUGGAUGUGGAGAGUUGGAUUUCAGCAAUACGCAGCUGAGUGUGGAUUUGAUAUUCGUCGUUCAACUAAGAAAAAGUCGUCGGACGGGUUCUUAAUUAGAAGCUAUAUCGUAUGCUCGAGGGAGGGUGAGAAGAACUAUUCACGUGACUAUACAGAUGGAGAUAGUGGCAGCAUAAAGAAACGAAGAAGAGUUUCGAAGCGUAUUAACUGUGAAGCUAAAUUGAUUACGAAGUUUGCUGGCCAAAAAGGUGCAUUGGAUGCCCAGAGGCAUGUGCAGGAUCAGAUGAACAUGGGAAAUGAGUCAUAUGCACAUCAGUUCAAGACGCCUUUAUUGAUUGAAAGACAUGCUGGUGAAGUGUACACGUCAACAAUAUUUGGGCAUGUACAAAAUGAUAUUGUUGCUGCUUGUUUUAACUGUCGAGUAUGCAGUGUUGUAGUUGGCGAGAGAACAUCGGUCUACGAGAUUGAUGAUGGUCUUAGUGGAACUUCUAAAGUCGUUUAUGAGAGAGAUGAGAACACAACGACAUUUAGUCGUUGGACAAAGCUUGCAUCACUGAACCCCAUAUUCAUUGUGGAUGGUGAGGUAAUAUGGAGUUAA